CGCUCCCGGCUCAGUCCUCGGUCCUCCUCCUCCUCCACGCACGCACGCACGCGAGCGCGCGCCACGGCAGACCACCACGACCGCCCGCCCGCCCGCCACUGAGCUCCGCCGCUCUGGUACUGGUACCACCCCUGUCCAGCCCAGCGGCUCCAAGAUUGACGCCACGAUGGGCUUCCCCGUGGGGUACUCGGAGAUGCUGCUCCCGCGCGUGCUGCUGCAGGUGCUCCUCCUCCUCGGCCACCUCCACCGCUUCCUCCUCUGGGCCUUCCACGCCGUGGGGCUCGGCGACCUCAUCGACCUCGGCUGCAACUACUACCCCCCGCCGCCCCCCACGCCCACGGCGCAGGAGCACCAGGACGCGGCCGCGGCCGCGCCGCUGCAGCACCGGCGGCCGGAGUUCAGGCCCGUCCCGUCGGUGCUCAUCGAGGAGGCGCUCCCCGUGGUGCGGUUCGACGAGCUGGGCGGGACCGCGUGCGGUGACGGCGACUGCGACUGCGCGGUGUGCCUCAGCGGCAUCGGCGCGCGCGACGAGGUGCGGCGGCUCAGCAACUGCCGCCACGCCUUCCACCGCGCCUGCCUCGACCGCUGGAUGUUGGCGCACGACCAGCGCACCUGCCCGCUCUGCCGCGCGCCGCUCAUCCCCGGGGCCGGGGCCGCGGCCGCGGACCCCUGGGCCGCCGCGGGCGGCGUCGCGCCGUGGCCCGACGCGGGCGACUACGACAUGUCCUACCCGUCUUCGCUGCCGUCCACGCCGCUGCUGACGGCGUUGCCCACCCCGACGCUGCUGCGGCCUCACGAGCUGCUGCUCACCGGCCUGGGCGGCUUCCAGUGAGCUGCUGCGUCUGCGUCGUGUGCGUGGCUGGCGCUGGCAGUUGGGCGAAUCCGAUCCGUGGCAAGGCAAACCGCGUCCUCGAUGUCAUGUGCAUGUGCGGCCCACCCCGCCCGGUCGGUCAGACGGGUGACCGCCGCCAAACCUGCUCGAUCUUCGGUCGUGUCUCCGUUGGUGAAAGGCGAAACCAACGGCAGAGGAGAGCGCUCUGGUUUUUACAGCUAGCGGCUCCCAAGUGAAAAAAAAAACAGACAGGCACUAGGAAACUAGCCAAUUUGGUUGAUGUGUAGGCCGAUUCCAUCUUCCAAACCUGUGGAGUUGUGAAUCCUUUUGCAGAUUACUAUAUUUUAUAUAAGCUAAAAUCUGUUAACAAGAGCUCUA